AUGGCUACCGAACAUGUAACUGCUGAUGCGCAGUACACCAUCGGGCGCGGGGGUGCCGUUCUCAAUCUCGACCGCAAGGGUUCUCUCGUCCAGGAAUACGAACAGGAAGCAGAGUCUCUUCCUGUCGUAGAACCCUCGAAUGUGCCGACCGAGGAAGAAAGGAAGACGCUUCGCAAGGUUGCUGGCAAAGUACCCUUGAUUGCUUAUUUCAUCUGCGCCGUGGAAUUUGCAGAACGUGCCUCCUACUAUGGGGUCUCGCCGUUGUUCAACAACUUUGUUAACCGUCCACUCCCAAAGAACGGCAAUGGAUACGGUGCUCCAAAGAGAGGGACCCAAGAUACCGCCGGUGCCCUGGGACUGGGUUCCGUGAAGGCUACAGCUGUUAGUCAAUCGUUUUCUAUGCUGGCAUAUGCUCUGCCGGUCUUCUUCGGAUGGUUGGCCGAUGCAAAAACUGGACGCUUCCGACUUAUCUGCUGGGGGGUUGCAGUGUGUGGUAUAUCUCACGUUAUUAUGGUCGCCUCUGGAGCACCCCAUCUUCUCGCAAAUGGCGGAGCUAAGGGUCCCUUUUUUCUCAGUGUUUAUAUUCUAGCUAUUGGUGCUGCUAUGUUCAAACCAAACAUUUCGCCAACUCUUCUCGACCAGAUGAAGGAAACCGCACCAGUAACCAAGGUCCUAAAGAGUGGCGAAAAGGUCAUCGUUGAUCCGGAAGCCACCACAGAAAGAGUUAUGCUCUGGUUCUAUCUCCUCAUCAACAUUGGAGCUUUCAUGGCCGUUCCGACUUCGUACAGCGAGAAAUACGUAGGAUGGUGGUUGGCUUUCUUCAUUCCUUUAUGCCUCUACAUGCCACUACCCUUGCUCCUUUGGUACCUGAAAGACAAACUUGUCCUAUAUCCUCCUGCGGGAAGCGACCUCGGGAAAAUCAUACGCAUCCUUGGGAUCUGCUUCAGACGCGGCGGUGUCAAGAGAUUAUUCACAAAAAAUGACAGUUUCUUUACACCCGCCAAGCCUUCCGUUAUUGCUCAAAGCAGCAAGCCGAUCGAAGUCCCAUGGAACGAUGCCUUUGUCGAUGAUGUACGGCGCACCUUCCAAGCUACGGGCAUCUUUUGCUUUUUCCCCCUCCAAAACAUCAAUGACAACGGUUUGGGUAGUGCAGCCAAUGUCAUGAGCACCAUGCUCACGACGAAUGGUGUGCCCAACGACGUUAUUGGAAAUUUCAACGCCCUCUCGAUUAUUUUUAUGGCACCCAUUCUGAACUACGUUGUCUACCCACUACUCCGCAGACGCAACAUUCACUACGGACCCAUUGCACGCAUGACAACUGGCUUCCUCUUAGCCGCAGCCGGAGGCGCCGGAUAUACUCUCCUCAACUGGAAGGCCUACCAGCGAAGCCCAUGCGGCCACUAUGGAACCAGUCCUACCUGCGUUGAUGCUGAGGGCAAUUCGCUCGUCUCCGAUAUCACCAUCUGGUGGAUGGCGAUUCCCUACGCCCUAGGCGGUAUCUCCGAGCUCUUCGUCAACGUCCCCGCCUAUGGAAUCGCCUACUCGCGCGCCCCCAAGAACAUGCGAGGUCUGGUCUCCGCCCUGAACCUCUUCAACAGCGCCAUCGCCUACGCUAUCGGCCUGGCUACCUCUGCCGUCGUCCGGGAUCCUUACCUCACCUGGGAUUUCGGCGGCCCGACCAUCAUCAGUCUCGUCGCGACCGUUGUCUUCUACUGGCUGUUCAGGGAUAUUGACAAAGAAGAAUACCGCCUGAGCCACAACGACGACUAUGAGCUGGAGCUGAAUGCCCAGUCUAGCACGAGUGAGAAGGUUGAGAAGACGACUUCCCCUGAGAUAAAGGAGAUCACUGAGGAGGCUUCUCCGAUUGAAAAGGAGGGAGCGAAACAGAAGGAAAUUCUCGAAUCUUAG